CGUGACGGCUAACGGUAACUAGCCGACGCCGUGUCGACCACAGUGACACCGGUCGGGGUUGAUCCGCCUGCGGCUGCAAAUGUGCCUUCGGUUUUAUUUAAUUCAUAACGGGAGAAAACCAAAGACUGACCAACCGCGGAGAGGCGCCGUCUGCCGGCUUCGAAGCGCCGCCGCCCCCCUGCCCCUCGGACUGUCCGCGGCUCUCGUCCUUUAAUCGGCGCAGACGUGAGGCGGGAAAACGACAGGAAGCGUUAGGACCAGACAAGCUAACGCCUAGCUUCAACACCAGCGAUAGUAACGUGGAAGUUGGCUAACAGCAAGUAAGCUAGGCUGCAUUAGCAAACCGCCGAGGCAGCUCUGCAGUAGCUCGCGUGUCGCCGACAGUCACAAGAAAAACACACACACACACACACACACGGUUCACCUGGUGUCUGUGAUGUGACCGGGUCGAGACGUUGUCCGGUAUCCUCCAGCCCCGCUGUGGAUCUUUAGCCCCUUCCAUCAGGACAGUGGCAGAGGCAGAGCCGGAGCCAUCAGGGACAAGAGCAGCAGGCAGCAGGGCUCCAUGAGCACCACGGGGCAGCAGCAAGGGGGGGGCCUGCGUUCCCGCCGAGCCCUUGGCCGGGACAAGGACCCUGGGCCGGGCGUCGGCAUGGAGGCGGCCUGCUGGCUUGCCCCCGGAGUGCUGCGCAGGCUGAUCGAGCUGCCCUCACCCCCCCUGUCCCGACACCAGCUCAAGAGGCUGGAGGAGCACAGGUACAGCAGUGCGGGACGUUCCCUGCUCGAGCCUCUCAUGCAGUGUUACUGGGAAUGGUUGGUGGGUCGAGUCCCCUCCUGGAUCGCCCCCAACUUGAUCACCAUCGUCGGCCUGGCCACCAAUGUCUUCACCACCCUGGUGCUCAUCUACUACUGCCCGACGGCCACCGAGCAGGCUCCUCUCUGGGCGUACGUGUUGUGUGCGGUGGGUCUGUUCAUCUACCAGUCACUGGACGCCAUCGACGGGAAGCAGGCGAGACGCACCAAUAGCAGCUCUCCGCUGGGCGAGCUGUUUGACCACGGCUGCGACUCCCUCUCCACCGUGUUUAUAGUGCUGGGAACCAGUAUAGCAGUGCAAAUGGGCACCAACCCGGACUGGAUGUUCUUCUGCUGCUUCGCCGGGAUGUUCAUGUUCUACUGUGCCCACUGGCAAACAUACGUGUCAGGAACACUGCGGUUCGGCAUCAUUGAUGUGACUGAGGUGCAAAUCUUCAUAAUAAUCAUGUACUUGCUGGCCGCCGUGGGAGGAUCUGCUUUGUGGCAGUCAAUGAUUCCGGUCCUAAACAUCCAGAUGAAAAUGAUUCCUGCCAUCUUCACUUUUUUAGGAGCCAUCUUCUCCUGCACCAACUACUUCAGAGUUAUUUUCACAGGGGGUGUGGGCAAGAACGGAUCCACGAUAGCAGGAACCAGCGUCCUCUCUCCCGUCUUACAUAUUGGCUCAGUUAUAAUUUUGGCCAUGAUGAUUUACAAGAAGUCGGCUGUCCAGCUCUUCGAGAAACAUCCGUGUCUUUACAUCCUGGCGUUUGGCUUCGUCUCGGCUAAAAUCACCAAUAAAUUAGUUGUAGCACAUAUGACAAAAAGUGAGAUGCAUCUUCACGACUUAGCCUUCCUGGGGCCGGGGCUGUUGUUCCUGGAUCAGUAUUUCAAUAGUUUUAUUGACGAGUACCUGGUGCUCUGGAUUGCGUUGAUAAUUUCCUUCUUCGACUUGGUGCGUUACUGUGUCAGUGUUUGCAACCAGAUUGCCUGCCAUCUUCACAUCUUCGUUUUCAAAAUCAAGCCUUGUUCGCUGCUCAGCACGGCUCCUCACUGAGGACGCGUCGGCCAUUACUGACUCUGCCCCCCCCCCCCCCUUCCUUCCCCUCCCCCGUUAGUCGCACUCAUCUUCCCUUCCCUCCGUUGUCUCCACGUCGAGGUGCAGGGGACGAUGUUGUGUAACAGUAAGUGCUUCUGCCAACUGAAUGUGUGGACAAAAUAACAUAUUAUAUUACGAUACUGGAGUAUUACUGUCAUUUUUUUUCUGUUGAACUUUCUGCCCCGGUAACAGUUGUCCUCAGUCUGACCAACCGGUGGUCACGCAGCAGAUAUUUCAGGAGCAUACAGGUGCUACUAAUCUUGUCGGAGGAGAGAGAGAGGAACGUUCGUGUGUCGUAACUGUUCAUGUGCAAGAGAAAAAAAAUGUAUAGGAAGUGAAACAAACUCUUAUUGCUUUUGAUUAUAAUUUUUGUAAUAUUUGCAUAACUUUACCUUUUUUGCUAUUGUAAAUACCAAACUGUUACAGUGUCUGUGCUUCUCUUUUAAUUUAAAGAUUCCUGCUGUCGAACACUUCUAAAACUUUCUUCCACCUGUAUGAUUUUUUUAAAAGCGACUUUGUCUCCUGCGCGUCACGAGAAGUCGCGCCGCUGUUCCACGUCAGCAUCAUAACGCGGUUUGGGAGGAAACUUAAUUCUGACUUUAUUAUGUAUUUUGUUGACAUUUUGGAACGUGACACUUGGAUUUGGGGGAUUUUUGUCUUUAUUUAUUAUCAUAUGUAAUAUUUCCUUAAGUGUUUAUUCUGAAGUCAAUAACUUUAGAGCACCUCUAUGUGUUACUCACUUUGAUGUAAAUAGGUGAACGCGUCACUGUGCACACGUGUGAAUAUCUUGAGUUUAAAUCCACUUACUUGCUUCAGAGGUUUUGCAAGUGAAAACUAGUACGUGGACAAAUUAACACAAAGAUUAGUUAUGUUUAGACGAUGUCACAGUUGAUACGAGCAAUACAUUCUGAAGUGGCUGCUUUGAGUCAGUAUUAACUUCAACUUUGUUUAACUUUGCUGCUGCUGUUGUGUUACAGAUCGGUCCGCUGUCACUCUGCCCUUUGUCACUCCAUCUCAAACUGAUUUAUUUUCAUUCUCAUUGUUCUCAACGAAUCCCGUGAAAAGACCAAAACGAAUGUAAUCGGGUCGUCGUCUCUCGUCACUUUCCGACUUCCUGCCACCGUCUGUGGCGCUCGGCUCCAAACCAGAGUCUCCUGCCGAGGACGCAAUAGUUUGAAAACAUGUAGUUUCAGUUUUAUAAAGGCUCAGUGAGUUCUUCAAACAGCAGUUAACUGUAGUUUUUUAGGAAAUGUCACUCAAACAGGAGAAAACUUAAGGGGCAGAGUCAAACACAGAAGAACGCAUAUCCCCCUAAUGCCCCAUAUUCCCAUGUUAAAGAAUGUGGAAAAAUUAAAUUCAGAUCUGCUCCAAAACUUAGUGGGUUCUUGUUCCGUAGUUUUUUAAUAAUCCUUCUCACUUACAAACACAAACAAACAAAUACAUAAUCUCCUUGUCGUUGGAGGUGAUAGUGCAUUUCUUGAGGACUAUUUUUAGCGGCGGAUGAAUCCACGUGGGUUUUUGUGUCUACAGAGUAUUUUUUUUAGCAGCAGGAUGAUGUAUGUGAGAUUAUUAAAAUAAUUUGUGGACAAUGUAGCUCAGAGGAAAUUGUGUAUAUGUUUGUAGUCUUUUCAUGUGAUUUGCUGACAACAAAAGAAAAAUACAGAAUAACCUUUAAAGUGAACGACCACUGACGGAACAUGAUGUUCAGCGCUCCUUCCUGUGUUGUCGGUAGAUUCUUCUACUUCACUGAACCACUGUUGUUGUUGUUGUUGUUGUUGUUGUUUCUGUUUCAUUAUAACACAAUGUGGUCGACAUUAAGUUUCCCCCCCACAAACCAAACAUGCUGAGGCGGAACAGGUGGGCGUGGCCCCAAUGAGCAGGAGAUGAGGUCACACGAUGACAUCACAGUUUUUAAAGGUGGUGACGGAGGAGAAUCGGAUCAAACUUUGUCCCCGACAGUUAAUAAAAACCUGUUUCUUUGA